AGUGACAAUACAAUCAUGAUGGAUGGACGAUAGACUUGAAAAUUGAUGUCAAAACAAACAAUUUUUUAAUGAGAAUUAUAGAAACAAUAUGCGUUGAAAUUGGUUGAAAUACAACUCCCGUAAUUUUUAGAUUGGUACAAAGUGAGUACUAAGGCAUACAUUAUAUAUUUUUUAAUUUCACUGUAAAUUUAAGGUGCCGUUCAUCGAUAUUAUUACCUUAAUUUUUAUUUCAAUUUAAUAUGGAAUGUAAUAAAGAUAAAGACUCUAGAAACCAAGAAAUAUUAACACUUAUUAAAGAUGAACAAGAUUCUCUAAUUAAAUACAACAAUAUAGAAGUUAAAUCUGAACUAGAAGAUGCAGUAUUUAAUAUGGAAUGUAAUGAAGAUAUUCAAGACUCUAGAAACCAAGAAAUACUAACACUUAAAGAUGAAAGAGAUUAUAUAAUUAAAUAUAACAAUGUAGAAGUUAAAUCUGAACUAGAUAAAAGCAGUUAUGAACAGGAAUCUGUAUUAGAUGAAUAUUGUUCAGAGCAUAUUAAAAUAGAAAACCAUGUAUCUAAUGAAACAACAGUUGAAAUAAAAGAAGAACUGGAGGAGUAUAGCAUUGGUGCUCAACACGAAGUUACAAUUACCAAACCAUUCAAUUCUCCCAAAAUAUAUUCGAACACUUAUGCUGGUGAAAGACCAUCUGAAUAUGAUAUUGCUAGUAAACAGUUUAGUUACAUAGGUGCUUUAGAUGAUCAUAAGAGUGUUUACACUGGUGAACAACCUUAUAUAUGUGAAAUCUGUAGUAAGCAGUUUAUUACAAGAACUGAAUUAAAUGCUCAUAUCAGAAAAAUUCACAAUGGUGAAGGUCGUUAUAAGUGCGAAAUUUGUAGUAAGCACUUAACUACGAGAGGUAGUUUAAAUAUUCAUAGGAGAAUUCACUCUGGUGAAACACCUUAUAAAUGUGAAAUUUGUAGUAAGCAAUUUAGUCAACAACAGAGUUUAAGUUACCAUUUGAUAGUUCACACUGGUGAAAGACCUUAUAAAUGUGAAUUUUGUAGUAAGCAGUUUAUUAAAAGAAAUCGAUUAAAUCAUCAUAUGAGAGUUCACACUGGUGAAAGUCUUUAUAAAUGUGAAAUUUGUAGUAAGGACUUCAUUUCAGUAAAUGGUUUAAAUUAUCAUAAAAAAGUUCACAGUGGUGAAAAACCUUAUAAAUGUAAAAUUUGCUCUAAAGAGUUUUUUCACAAAUAUGCUCUGGAUAAACAUAUGGCAGUACAUACUGGUGAAAAAACGUAUACAUGUGCAAUUUGUAGUAUGCUGUUUAGUCAACUAGAGAGUUUAAAAGAUCAUAUGAUGGUUCAUACUGGUGAAAGUCCUUAUAAAUGUGAAAUUUGUAAUAAGCACUUGAUUUCACUAAAUGGUUUAAAUUAUCAUAAAAAAGUCCACAGUGGUGAAAAACCUUAUAAAUGUAAAAUUUGCUCCAAGGAGUUUUCUCACAAAUAUUCUGUGGAUAAACAUAUGGUAGUUCAUACUGGUGAAAAACCUUUUCAAUGUGAAGUUUGUGGUAAGAAGUUAAGUUCAAAACAUAGUUUAACUGAUCAUAUGCUUAUUCAUACUUCUUGUGAAAAACCUUAUGAAUGUGAAAUUUGUAGUAAGCAAUUUACCAAACCAAGUAAUUUAAAGAGUCAUAUGAGAAUUCACACUGGUGAAAAACCUUAUAAAUGUGAAAUUUGUAGUAAGCAGUUCAGUCAGCUAUGUAGUUUAAAUUAUCAUAUGGCACUUCACACUGGAGAAAAACAAUAUCAAUGUUCAGUUUGUAGUAAGCAGUUUGUUCACUUAAGUAAUUUCAAUACUCAUAAAAGAUUGCACACUGGUGAAAAACCUUAUAAAUGUGAAAUUUGUAGUAAGCAAUUUAGUCAAAAAGGUAAUUUAAAUAAUCACAUUCGAGUUCACACCGAAAAAAUUCUUUAGUUGUGAAGUUUGUGGGUAAUUAAAUAAUCACAUCAGAAUAAUUCACAAUGUUGAAAGUUCUUAUAACUGUGAAAUUUGUAGUAAGCAGUUUACUGCAAAAGGUAGUGUAAAUAUUCAUAUGAGAAUUCACACUGGUAAAUCUCCUUAUAAAUGUGACACAAAUUGGCGCCCAACGUGGGCGCCAAAG